AUGCUUCUGAUGAAACACAAUAAUUUUGUAAGUGGAAGCUUGGUGACAGAGAAUUCGAGGAUGUUUUGGGGUCUUCGAAAAGAGAAGCAAUGCAGUGCAUCUGAUUCCCGUAAAAGGACAUCUGAACAAGAUCGUAGCACAGAUCGUCUGGAGCAGAGUUAUUCACCCCUCAGUGCUAGUAAUGCUCUAAGUGAGGAUGAGGAUGAUAAUGAAACGACGCAGAAGACUAAAGACAAGCCAUCACUCAACAUCAGAAAGAUAAAGGAAGAGGAAGAAUUCAGCCAGAAGAUAUUGUUUGGGAAACAGGAAGAGCUCAAGGUACUUAGUGAAUUUCAAGAAAGUCAGUGUGCUUGCGUUCGUUUAGACAAGCAGCAGGGUAAAUUGACACCAAAAGAACCAUGGUUCUGGCCAAAAUUGAUAAUCUCAGAUGAUGAGGACGACAGUGAUAAUGAAUGCAGUGGCAGUACUUUAAAGGCUAAAGGAAUGGACACAAAAUUUUUAACUGAUGAUGAGAAGUUAAAGAUUCUUACCAGCUAUUUGAGAGAGAAUCAUUUUUACUGCAUUUGGUUUAGAGCAGAGUAUAAUGACAGGAAAGAUUUGUUGUCAGAGUGUCUCGGGCCCUGUCGCGAAGAUUCUUGGAGUGGGAGAGGAAUUUGCAGAAAUGACCUUCAAAUGACUUUUUUCCUGAGUUUAGUGAUUAAUCUCCAUUCAUAG